UCUCGGGCUGCUUAUGAUUUCUAGAUCUUCUCCUCGACAAUGAUGACGACUACGACUUUCUUCGAACCGCGAGCUCAAGAACAAUGAACAAAGACGGCAAGUCAAACCGAGUCUGAGCUAAUGUUUUUUUUCUGCUUUAAGCUAUAGGACAAAUAUGGAGAUUGUAGGAAAACUUAUUGCGUAUGGGGUCCAUGGGUUAAACCACGAUCCUCAUACUCUACUCUUUAUGAGACCACGGCCGCUUCUCCAGAAACCAGGAACCAGGCUGCGAAGGAUAGAUAUGAGGAAGAGUUUUGGACUCCCUGGAUUUGUCGACUCACAAAUUAGGCGCUGCCGGACUGGAAAUGAAGAUGAGGGGCAGCUUUGGGUUCUCUCGUUAGUAACCCAACUUUGUAGUAGCGUCUGCUUUGUAGUGGGACUAGUUCGCUCCGUAUUCAGUAAUGUCUGUGCCUAUCAUUGCCUAUCAUCUGGAAUAGAUGUCGUUCGACUACCUGUCUCAACCGUGCCUGUCUACUCCUUCGAUGAAAUGGGAACAUUUCUGAUCCUUAUACCUCUUCGGAUUUCCAACGACAUGGAAUACUAA